UCAAAUGGUCGUUUAAUUGCUCCAAGCUACUGUAUAGCAUGUUCACCAUCAUUACGAUCUAUUUGUUGAUUUUCUCAGUGCUGACUCAGUUCAUGGAUAUGAUCUUGGUUAUCGAUAACAUGGACGACUUCGCCACGACGAAUAUAAUGUUCUUUUCCGCCGUUGGUUCGACAUGUAAAGCCACUACUGUCGUGAUGCAUCGCGAACAAAUCAUCAACUUGAUAAAAAUACUCCAAGAAGAACCUUGCAAGGCCUGCAAUGAAGAGGAGUUAGCUAUUCAGACAAGAUACGAUCGUUUGAUCAAAUCGUGUUCCGUGAUUUACAUACUACUGGCGUCGUUCUCUGCCACGGGUGCCACGAUAGGAGAGGUAUUCGCCGUUUUACAAGGCGAGCUACCUUACAGAGGAUGGGUGCCCUACGAUUACACCUCGCCCUUCUUAUUCCUGCUUACGUCCCUUCAAGAGAUGUUUGGCCUGGUUUUUGGUACAUACGUGAGCGUCGCCGCGGAAACCCUGGUAUUUUGAUUUUGCUUACAAACGUGCGCGCAACUUGAAAU